AUGCAUUUCGCUAUACCUCCUGAGUAUCAAUCAGAACUUGAAGCAAUUCAACCAGUUGACCUCAGAUCCGAUGAAGAGAUUCUUUCCUCACUGGAGCAGUACAGGCCUGUUACUUCCGAAAAGAACAUCUGGGCUUUUUGGGAUUCAGGUCUACGGACAAUGCCCUCCUGGUGCCAGCGAAAUGUCAUCGGUUGGGUGCGCAUUUGCGGGCCUGAUUGGACCAUUCGAGUACUCGAUAAGAUACCCAGUUCUCCCAAUCACGUCCUCAAGUUCAUUGACAGGGAGAUGCUGCCUGAGGCGUUCUUGAGCGGAACUAUGGAUGGCCAGCAUGCCGGGCAACAUGCUGCUGAUUGUAUCCGGGGUCCGCUUCUUUUCCGCUACGGGGGUGUAAGUAUGGACGUUGGGUGCCUUCUCAUUAGACACAUCGAUCGCAUUUGCUGGGAUUUGCUUGCAGAUCCAGAUUCACCGUACGAAAUCGCGGUGCCGGUUCUGUAUGGCCAGACGAUUGCGAAUCACUUCGUUGCCGCUCGGAAAAACAACAUCUUCAUAGAGAAAUGGCACCAGCUCUUCAUGCACUUGUGGAAUGGUCGAACCCACCAGCAUGGUAUCAGCGACAAUCCCCUGCUGGGAUUCAUCAAAGACAUACGUUACGAUGACGCUACGGACUUUCACUGGGACUGGAAGGUGCCGGUAACUCAAUUUCUAGAGUACAUUGCCCAGGUUCUGUGCUGGCAACGCUUGUGCUUAGUUCGUGAUACGGGCGAUGGCUUCAAAAGCUCUGAAUACUGGCAGCGUAACAUUCUCUGCAUUGAUGCGCUCAACGAAGUCUGGGGCGGCGAGAAGACAUUGGGUUUCGAUGGUAUUGGUCCUCGGAUGUACAAGCUCUUGACUAUUCGUCUUGAUGCCGAUCCGGAUUCGACAGACUACAAGGAUGCGUACAAACUUGUGUGGCGAUUAUUGAGCAAAUCAAGCUUUCAGAAGGUGACACGUGCGAAGAACCUGACGCACACACCACAUCUUGGAACGUUGUGGGAUCAGAACAAGGGGCAGGAUUGUGUGCCGGGAACAUUUGGGGAGCUACUACGGUACGGAGCGGUACACUUUCGUCAGAAGCGUGAGAACAUUGAGCGCAAGGAGGCUUGUGAGCCUAGAACUCUCAUAGAGAAAGGGCUCUUGGAGGCCUAG